AAGGAGGCGUGUCUUAACUUGUCAACUAACUGAAGAUAACAAAAACAAACAUUACACCGAGGAGGUUCCGGGGAAAAUGAGGAGGAGGAGGGGUUUGAUGUGAAGUGCUGCUUAAAUUUGGGUUCCACUUUGGCCUCUGCUAAAUCACAGGACUAGAACCAUGGACUCGUCCUCUGAUGAAGAGGAGGGACGCACCUUCAUCCAGGUCAUCAGUGAGAAGUACAACCCAGAAAACUUCCCCUAUGGCCACGGUGUUGGGGUGGUGAUUCUACCCAGUCCUCCAGGAUCUCCAAGCAAGGAGCGCCUGUUCUUGCCCAGUAUUCUGGUUCUGAACGAUUGUGGGAUCAGAAAAGCUGGAGAAAAGUCUGACAUUGCAGCACUUUGUGCCCAUGUGGUGGAGCUGGACCUGUCUCACAAUCAGCUCAACAACUGGGCAGAGAUCUGCACCAUUGUUUCUAACAUUCCCCACCUGGACUUCCUCAACCUGAGCAUGAACCCCCUGAGUGGUGUUGAGCUGGAGCCCAGCAUGGGUGAGAUUUUCUCCAGGGUCCGACAACUGGUCCUCAUCAACACGCAAGUCAGCUGGGAGACCGUGCACACUCUCACACAACAUACGCCAGAAUUGGAGGAGCUUUUCCUGUGCCUGAAUGGCUACCAGAAUGUCUCCGAAUCACAGGCCUCCUGUCCGUCUCUACGCCUGCUGCAGAUUUCAGACAACCAGUUGCAGGACUGGGCAGACGUCAGGAAGUUUGGUUUGAUGUACCCCUGUUUGAACACACUGGUGCUGGCCAACAACAACAUCGAGGCUGUGGGCGACACUCAGGAAAAUCUGCAGCGGCUUUUCCCCAACCUGCGCAGCAUUAACCUCAACAACUCAGGGCUCCGUAAUUGGGAAGACAUUGAAAGGCUGAACUACUUCCCAAAGCUGGAAGAAAUUAAAGCGAAGGGAACGCCUUUAUUGGAGCCCUACACCAACCAGGAGAGACAUAGCCUCCUUUUGGCAAGGCUACCGUCUGUGUCGGUGUUGAACGGCGGUCAAGUGACAAAGGACGACAGAGAAGAUGCCGAGAGGUUCUUCAUCAGAUACUACCAGGACAGUCCAGAACAGGAGCUUCCUGCAAGGUACCAUAUCCUUGUGUCCAGAUAUGGUCACCUGGCCCCGUUGGCCGAUGUGGACCUGAGCCCUCGAUGCACAGUGGUGGACGUUCGCUGGGGCGAUCGAGUGGAAGCGGUCAGUCUUCACCUGGAGCAGACGGUGGGCGACCUUAAGAAAAAACUCAGAGCUUUGCUGAAGCUCCCCGACAACAGGAUCAGGCUUUUUCACAUCAACCGUGAGAUGUGCUCCGUCCUGGGCCCCGAGGAGCUGAAAUGCGGCAGCCGGGCCCUCCACUCAUACAGUAUUCGCGACGGGGACGAAAUCUUGAUAGUGCCUAAAGACAAAAACCGCAGCAAUUCCUCGCAUAUUUAAGUCUCUAAAAGACUUUUUCUUAAAAUUAAAAAAAAAAAGUUUAAGUAAACGUUUUUCAGGACUCAACUGCAAGGAAUUAUACAGCAGCACAUUUGCACGAACAGCUAAGGAGGUUUUACAGAGUUUAUUACAUGAGUGGACGUUACAUUGAGACAUUGACAACAGUUUACGUCUCAGUCGUGACCUAUACAGUACAGUUUGCAAAUCAAUUUAUGGCAUGAGUCCAUUUCUGGCAGGAAAAUGAAAAAUAAACCCCACCAAAAUUAUAAUUAAAUGCACAAAUUGCACAUUAAUAUAAAAAAACUGAACUCACUUUAGAAUUGGUGGUUGUCAAUUAAUAUUGGCCCCAACCUAGUAGGGUUGCCAUGUAUUUUCUAAAUACAUGACAACCCUGUGUGUAGCACAUUUUACAUCAUAAAUGUACCAUAACAGAUUUUAACGUUUCUCCUUUGAACUUCUAGUGGCCAAAAUAUAUACGUUAUCUAUCUUCUUACCCAAAUUGUGAAAAUAUCUUUGUCAAUACUGGGUGACUAACAUACAGGGUGUUCUGACCAGUAAUAUUUUUAAGUAACAUAUUGGUAACAUAUUUCUUCAUUAUGUGUUUACAUUGCUUGUCAACAGAGGAAAAUCACUUGUGGUUGAAGUCUUCUUACUACCAUACCAUAAUAGGGAGACAAGCAUGUUCAGGCACAAAGGCUUUAAAACACUACUUUGAUAUAAUGUUUUGUAAUACAGAAUUCUUGAGAAUUCUAAAACAUUUUGCUUGUCCAGCAGUGUUUUGCUUGCUAACAGGAAAAACAAUUAGACUGUCUUAUUUUUAUUUUUACAGAUCAGGGUUGAACAAUACUUACAGCUCCCUCUGCUGUCUGAUAUAAACUCACACUGGGUUUUGACCAACUCAUUUGAACAUUGACCCUCUGUUCUUUGGCAGAUGUGUAACUUCAGGUUGAUUAAAGUGACAGCCCUGCUCAGCCCUCCCCGUACCCACCGUUUGAAGUAGUUUGACUGAAAAACUAAUUAGAAGAAAGACUUGAACGUACAACUGAGUUUUUUUUUCUUUAAAUAUUUAUUCAAGUGAAAAAAUAAUGUGUAAUAAUUUUUGAUUUUUGAGGUUCAGGCCUGAACAAACUAGGUCAGUGAAUGCAUCGUUAGAGGGUUGGACUGAACUUUCCUUGAUGUUGUUGUUGUUUUUGUGACACUGAUUGUUUUGGCGUAGUGUGUGAGUCAGAGUCGAACUGUGGCGGCAGUGAAUUUGUCACACCAUAGUCUAAUGAGUGGAACAGUUUGGGCCAUGAUGAAGCAGAGGUUUUCAUUUUGUGGAUUGACAGUAGAUUCUUAUGUCAAAUACUGGCUGUAUUUCUACCCUUAUGCUCUGCUCUUAUCUCAUUUGAAGAAAAAAAAGUCAGCACUGAAGAUGAGAAGUCCUUUAUUCUUCCCACAGUGGGGAAAUUCACUGAACUGGUGUGAUUAGGCUACAACCAGAAGACAUGUUAAAGAAACGAAUGAGGGCCGGGCGCAUGUCUUGACUCGCGUCCUUGGCGUGACUUUUGUUGAAUAUACUGAAAAAACAAAAGAAAUUGUGGAAAUACCUGAAACUAAUUCAUCAUUAUUUUCUAAGGAAUUGGCUCUGGAGUAUUUUUGAACCUUUCAAAGCUUCUUAUGAAAAGCAUUCUGAUGAAAAAAUAGUUCAAUGUGUAUCGAUCCAUUUCUCUUUUUUUUCUUUUUUUUACUGCAUGCAGAAAUGUGUUUGGAGCAAAGUCCUGGAAUCUUGUGGCUCAAAAAAUGUUUCGUGUAUCAAUAAGAAAAUACUUUUACUUUAAAUGAUGACACGUGGAGUUUUGACUUGUGAAAUUCUUCUGAAGUGCUGUCGUUCUGUGACCGUCUUUAAGUCUGACUUAGUUGUUGUUCUUAUAACAGACGCCUGGAGACUUCUUGUCUUUUCUGUGCUGAUUCACCAGCCUUGAACGUUUUCUGAUCGUCUCAACACUCGGGGGGAAAAUAAUGGGAUGAGUGUCACGUGUUUGGCGGCAUGUUGGUUUGCAUGUCGUGGUUUGACUUAAAUGUGUGUGAGGAGUGAGACAUUUCAGAGAUAUAGACGUGUUUAAAAAGCAUUUGGGAUGUGGAAAAUUUUUUUUUUUUUAAAUGUUAGGGCUUAUUUCUCUUCACGUCUAUCUUUGGCUUUAACACAGAAUAUGUAGUGAAUGAUUUAUUAUUGACACAAAAAAUGUCUUUGCUGUCUGUGUUUAGUUGGUGUCGACUUUCUCCUCUGUAUUUUAACAUUUCUUCACAUUUGGAUUGAUUAAAAUCUUGUGUUGUCUCUUGAUGUAAACGUCUUUUCUACGUCUGUCUUUCCUGUCUUCUCUCAGCUCUUAAAGAAAUAAACUAUAACAGGUACAGAUCAA